GUUUUGGUACUUAUCUAUCUUACCGCAGCUUCUUCCUCCCCAACACUUUGUUUGGGUGUCUUAACAACAGUGUCCGAACCAUAUCUUCGGUUUUCUGAUUCUUAUUUUUUUCUUACAUUCAAAAACAAAACCCUCAACCUCGGGUACUAGUUGGUGUUGAGAAAUGACGACUUUGAACCCUUUCGAUCUCUUGGACGAUGACACAGAGGAUCCCACUCUGCUCGCUGCUGCUAAGCCAUUGAAGGUUGAGAAAGCUGCUCCAGCUCAGCCCGCUAAGCUGCCCACUAAGCCCACUCCUCCUUCUCAAGCUGUGAGGGAAGCCAAGAACAGUGGUCGUGGAGGUCGGGAUGGUGGAGUACGUGGUGGUCGUGGAGGAGGUCGCGAUGGUGGUGGCCGUGGCAGAGGUGGUGGAUUCAACAGGGAGUCUAGGAACAGUGAUGCUCCUGCUAAUGAGAACGGGUAUGUUGGAGGGUACAGACGCUCUGAAGGAGGAGAUGCAGGGAGACGUGGUGGAUACCGUGGACGCGGUGGUCGCCAUGGAGAUUCUGGUGACUUGGAGCGCCCAAGAAGGAACUUUGAGCGUCACAGUGGAACCGGUCACGGAAAUGAGUUCAAACGUGAUGGAGCUGGCCGUGGCAACUGGGGAACCAUUGAGGAUGAGAUUCCUCCGGUGACUGAAGAAUCCACAACAGUGGUGGAGAAGGAUUUGGCUGUUGAGAAGGAAGGUGAAGCAGCUGAUGCAAGCAAAGAGGCACCUGUUGAAGCUGAAGCUGAGAAAGAGCCUGAGGACAAGGAGAUGACUCUAGAAGAGUACGAGAAGGUUAUGGAAGAGAAGAGGAAAGCCCUGCAGGCAACCAAGGUUGAGGAGAGGAAGGUUGACACAAAAGCAUUUGAGUCAAUGCAACAGCUCUCUAGCAAAAAGAGCAACAACGAUGAGGUCUUCAUCAAACUGGGAACAGAGAAGGACAAACGUCCAGUUGAGAAGGAAGAGAAGACCAAGAAGUCCUUGACCAUAAAUGAGUUUCUGAAACCUGCCAAUGGAGAGAGGUACAGAGGUGGUGGUUACCGUGGAGGAAGGGGUCGUGGACCAAGAGGAGGCGAUGAGGGAGGACGUGGACCAAGAGGUGGAGCCGAGGGAGGACGUGGACCAAGAGGAGGAGCUGACAGAAAGGCUGCUGCACCUGCACCAGCACCAAAGAUUGAAGACGCUGCACACUUCCCUACUCUGGGAAAGUAAGGCUCUCCGGUUUAGUCCUUCAGCAUCUGUUUGGUCUUUUUCGUUUUAGUAAUCUCUCACCCGGUUUGGUUUUUGUUCUUCUGAUUUCAUUGUUAUUGUCAUACUCGCUGAAGGCUUUUUGUUCUAUGAUGAACCCUUGUUUUGGGACUUUUUUGGUUAAGUUAAAAAUGAGGCAGAAAAAAAAUCAAUUCUUCAU